GGCUAACUGGCUAGCCGCGUUAGCUCUCGUUUUGACUGAAGCCUGAUCUGACGCUUCGCCGCUCAUGUCGACUGCUGAUUUGCCGUGUUAGCUGGUCCAGCAGCCGGAGAGCUUAAGUUAAACUAGCAGUGAGGCGCCAUGGCCGAGGAGGUGGAUUUAUCUCUGAAACUUCCCCUGGAUGAGCUGCUCUACGGCAAUGGAGACUUCGUACCUCCAGAAGGAUUAUGCUGGCUGUCUGUGCUAUUCUGCCUGCUGCUGGCCUGCUCCUAUGUGGGCAGCUUGUACAUCUGGAGGAGUGACCUGCCCAGGGACCACCCCAUUGUGAUCAAGCGGCGCUUCACCAGUGUGCUGGUGGUGUCAGGCUUGUCCCCUCUGUUUGUGUGGGCCUGGAGAGAGCUCACUGGGGUCAGGACUGUCCCUUCGUUGCUGGCCCUCAUGGGGAUCCGGUUGGAGGGCCUCAUUCCUGCCAUCAUAUUUCCACUACUGCUCACCAUGGUCUUGUUUCUGGGGCCCCUGAUGCAGCUGGCCAUGGACUGUCCCUGGAGCUUCAUGGAUGGGAUCAGAGUGGCUUGUGAUCCAUGGUUCUGGUCCCUGUGCUUCAGUGACAUGCGCUGGCUGAGAAACCAGGUGGUGGCGCCGUUGACAGAGGAGCUGGUGUUUCGCGCUUGUAUGCUGCCUAUGUUAGUGCCCUGUGCUGGACCCUUCACUGCUAUCUUCACCUGCCCGCUAUUCUUUGGAGUUGCCCACUUUCAUCAUGUGAUUGAGCUGCUGCGGUUUAGGCAGGGCUCUUUGUCGGGUAUCUUCUUAUCUGCAGUGUUCCAGUUCUCCUAUACAGCUGUGUUUGGGGCAUACACGGCGUUCAUCUUUCUCAGAACAGGUCACCUGAUGGGACCGGUGCUGUGCCACUCCUUCUGUAAUUAUAUGGGUUUCCCUGCCAUCAGCGCCGCCUUGGAGCACCCACAGCGCCUCACUGUUCUGGCCUCCUACCUCCUGGGUGUUGUCCUCUUCAUCUUGUUCCUGUUCCCCUUCACGGACCCCUCCCACUAUGGCCUCCCCACACCAGUCUGCACACUGGCCCCUUACCGCAGCUCCCUCUGUUUGUCCUGAUGCUAGUCCACUUUAGGAUAUGGAAGAAGUAGUGACAUUAGUUUCCAGUCCAGGUCGUGUCCAGCCAAGAGAUGGGCCCGUUGCCAUGGAAACGCAGGGAGCAGAUUGAGUGCUGAUAGAACACAGCACAGUCACGUUAAGAGCCGUUAGCUAUGUGGGUCGUGGUGCGUCUGGUCGUGCAGGAGGGUGCUUGUGUGUAUUAUUAUUAUAUUGCUACUAAUAUGAGGUUUGGAUGUUGCUUUUUAGACAGAACACUGAAGGACAGGUUCACCUCAGAUGUUACACUGGCAGUUUUGGAUUUGUGGUGCAUUACAAUCGCAAAUAUGUUUUUUAUGGCUUAUUUCACAUGGUUCCUAUUUUUACCUUUGGUCUUUAUACCUACCUCUGUGAGUGGAGAUUUAUAAAUUUCAUUUUUGGUUGAAUUAGUACAGUAAUUACCUCAAUGGACUAUCGUUAUGGCAACAAGUCAUUAUAAGGGAGGAUAAAGGGUAUAUUUGAAUAUACAUUACAGUACAUUUGCUUUUGGAAGAUUAAUUACUUUUAAAUGAAUUAAACAUAAUAUAUCCUAAACUGAUCUAGUCAAACUGCAGCAAAGGUUUACAGUCACUGCCAGAUUUUGGGUAGUUGAGAUGAGCUUAAUCAGUGUUUUUAAAGCAAUCCGAAAAGAACCAAGGCCAAAGCUAACAAAAUAAGACAUCUUAACAUUGAAACAAUCUGAAAUCAUUCUACUGUCACUGAGCUGUAAGGGUCCAUUACUGCAUCUUUAAAAAACAUAUUUUGUGUUGUUGGUUUUUUGCUUAGAGACAGCUGUCCAUCUUUUGUUUGUUCAUUCCACUCAAUGUUUACUGGUUCAAAGUGGUAGGACCUGGGCUAAUAGCGAGACUGUCAGGAAUUCUUUAUAAGCUAUACAUAUACUGUGAACAUGUGGGCUGCUGGGCUCGAGAGCAAUAAAUCACUGACGACAAGUCGCUGAAUGUAGAGUUUCUAGACAUUUAGCAUCUAAGUUUUGCCAUUUUAAACUGAAGUCUGUCAAAAAAUAUACACAGAUGACAAAUGCAGACAGGAAAGGUCAUUCAGGACAGUUUUGAAAUGGAAACUGAGUAGGCGUAUGUCUUUGGAGAAUUGAAUUGUGUUCAGUUGUAUUUGAUUCGUGUUAGAGUCUGAUGAAAUAGUUCCAUGGUUUUAUAUUUAUACGGAUGACAUGCCAAUAAGAGCCGAGUUAUGUGCUAGAAGAGUUAGAGUUUGUUAAGAAUUCCUGCUAAAGAGGCCAUUGAAAACUGAAAUGGUUCCAAAGUAAUUCUCCUGAGAUUUGUGGGUUCACGUUCUCAUAGAAGUCCAUUUUGUUCAGCUCAAAGCUAUGCGAUGCUGGGGAAGUCAUUUGAUAAACAACUCUGCAUGGAAAAUUCUUUUUUCCAAUAACAAACUUAAGAUGGUUUAGAGUAGUAUAGUAGUAGUCUUCUAUGUGGCUGACCACUCCCUGAACUACUUUUAAGGCAAUACAUUUAAACAGAGUUUGAACUAUUUUGCUUAUCUGUAUGUAUACGUUUACAUGCCAGCAGGGGGAGCCAGUGUUGUGCGUGAUUUCCCCUAUCCUGCUCUCUCUUCCAUCUGUUUAUCAGUGCCUCUGACAUAAGUCAUUACUGCAGAAACCAAUUUGUCUGAAGUUGGAGGAGAUGGAUUUGAAGUGUGCAGAUAGAAACUCCCUGCACUGCUCCAUUCACAAUGCUUCUAUGUGGACCUGUAUAAUUGCCCUGUAUGCUUUGUACCACAAUAGAUCUUAAUGGCCAGGGCAAUUACCUAAUCACUUAGUAUGAAACCGUAAGGCCAUGUUGCAUUCACAUGGAGUCAGAGCAGAGGGGGGACUGAUGUUACUUUAGGUCAGGAGAUUAGAGCAUAAUAAGAGUGGGAAAAGCAUCCCAGAUGAUGUCAAUGUAUAAAAAACAGAUCUCUAGUGCAAAUCCCUUUUAAACAUUUUACCUGAAAUCCACGUUUCUGCUUCUGUGAGGUAACACAUGUGGUUACUGCAGAUCUAUGUUUGUUGCUUGUGAAAUCUAUGCUAGUGGACUGCACAAGAAACAUUUUCAACUCUAUACCCCAAUUUUUAAACUAUUUUCAAAAACUGUCACAUUCACAUUUUUGGAAGCAAUAAGAUAAGUAUUAUUUAUCUUUAUAAUGAGAAUUUGUGACAUGAAACUAGACUACUAUGUUGUUCUGUUAGCAAGAUGAUUCAAACCUGAUAUUGGGUCAAACUUUCAAAUUAGCAUUUACCCCUCAACUAAAAAUCUCAGUAAACCUUGAAUAGAUAAGUUUUUCCCUUUUGUCUCAUUCCAUGAAAGCAACAUGAGUCAGUAUCAUUGUACAUAAAAACUUUGAGUUUUUGAUGGAUGCUCAGAAAUGAUUUUCUUAACAUCCAUGUAAAUAUGGAAUUGUUGAAUGUAAUCGACUUUUGACUCAAAAGUAAAUUUUGUGUCAUCUGAGAGAUGGAAAAGUAAAUGAAAAGUGUCAAGUGCUCAUGCUAAAACUCUAGCUAAAAUUACACAUUGUAUUUCUACUCAACAGUGUGGUCAAAUGUGAGACUUUUGCAUAAUCUAUUUUUGCUAGGCAACGUUAGCGGCUUGUAUUUUCAUAUGAACACCUGAUGGAGAACUACUCACACUUGAGUCAGCUGCUUAGACAAUACUCCAAAGGUUUCUACUGAGCACUAUAUUUUAUAAGCAAGCAGAUAUAUUUUGAGAUGGAACAGAGGUUAGGUGAUCAUGUAUUUUAUUCACACUGUCACACUUCAGAAUGACGCCAGUGUACCAUGUUUUAGUAUGACAAUCUUUUACACAGACUUUGGAGUCACUGCUGAACACUGAUUUGUAAAUAAAUGUUUUAUAAUAAAUUUAUUAUUAUUGUU